CCGAUGAAGGGGUCCUGCGAGACUCCGAAACGUUGCCUUGCUUACAGGAGUGCCCGCAGUCUUGCCAGAUGACUCGGUGCCCGCAGUCUUGCCAGACGACUCGGUGCCCACAGUCUUGCCAGACGACUCGGUGCCCGCUGUUCCGCCAGUUGACUCAGAGCCCGCUGUUCUGCCUGGUGACUCGGGGCCAACGGUCUUGCCAGAUGACUCGGAGCCCGCGGUCUUGCCAGAUGACUCGGUGCCCGCGGUCUUGCCAGAUGACUCGGUGCCCGCGGUCUUGCCAGAUGACUCAGUGCCCGCAGUCUUGCCAGACGAUCCAAUGCCUGAUGACCCAGUGCCCACUGUCAUGCCUGGUGACCCGAUGCCCGCUGUCGUGCCUGAUGACUCGAUGCCCGCUGUCGAGCCAGGCGAUCCAAUGCCUGAUG